ACGACAAGAUGGCCCCCAAGUCCAAGGCUCCCCGCGCUCCCCAGGAGAACAUCUCCCUCGGACCUCAGGUUCGCGAUGGCGAGCUCGUCUUCGGCGUUGCCCGCAUCUUCGCCUCCUUCAACGACACCUUCGUCCACGUCACCGAUCUCACUGGCCGUGAGACCAUCUGCCGUGUCACUGGUGGCAUGAAGGUUAAGGCCGAUCGUGAUGAGUCCUCCCCCUACGCCGCCAUGUUGGCCGCUCAGGACGUCGCUGUCCGCUGCAAGGAGCUCGGCAUCACCGCCCUCCACAUCAAGAUCCGCGCCACCGGCGGUAACGGCACCAAGACCCCCGGCCCCGGUGCCCAGUCUGCCCUCCGCGCCCUCGCCCGUUCCGGCAUGAAGAUUGGCCGCAUUGAGGACGUCACCCCCACCCCCUCCGACUCUACCCGUCGCAAGGGUGGUCGCCGUGGUCGUCGUCUCUGAGCGACAGACACAAUCAAAAAAUGGUGUCUGGCAUCAGAGUCGUCAAGUGGGGACGGCAAUGGUCAGGAGUGUGCUCUGCGGAUUGGUCUCUUGGGUGGCAUCGUCAAAAACGAGGGGAACGGCACUUUUUGCCUGGUCUCCAUGUUCUACGCGC